AUGGAUUUUAAUAAACUCGGAUCUCCAUCUUUAUCAUCAUCUUAUUGUAUUGGCAACCAUGAUUAUUUCAUUAAUAUUAAAUGCACAGGAUUUCUCAUUUUCCCUUUCCGGCCUUCCACGAUAUUUAUAAGCUUAGAUUUCUUUCACUCACAAAAUUAUAUUCCUAACUUGUUUGAGUAGAGAUGGUGAUAUCUCUACAUUCUUCUCUGCCUCCGUUUCUUUCCUUUCAAAACCCUAAUCCCAAUUCAACCCACUUCUCCAAACCCAUCAAAAUCCUUAAUUUCACCUCAAUUCCCUUUUUCAAGUCCCUCAAAACCCCUAAUUCCACAAUCUUCAAUCUCCAACGAUCUUCAAAACCCCACCCCUUAACCCUUAACCAUUCCACAGUUCUCUCUAAAACUCCAAACUUUUGGGGGUUUAAGAUAGAAAAUGCGACAACUUUAGGCCCCAGAAACCAAUUUCUAAGACUUAACUGCUAUGGAGUUAAAGACUCCGGUGAGAGUAACAAAGUAGUGGUGGACUCUGGUGGGGGCGGAGGUGGAGGUGGUGGUGAUGGCGGCAGAGAUGGAGACGAUGGAGAGAUAGAGAAGAAAAGUGGGUCAUUGCCAGAAUGGAUGAAUGUUACUCCCGAUGAUGCAAAAACGGUUAUUGCUGCUGUGGCAAUAUCGCUUGCUUUCCGGUCAUUCGUGGCUGAGCCGAGGUACAUUCCUUCGCUGUCGAUGUAUCCUACGUUUGAUGUUGGGGAUCGAAUUGUUGCUGAGAAGGUUUCAUACUACUUUAGGAAGCCAUGUGCUAAUGAUAUUGUCAUCUUCAAAAGCCCACCAGUUCUUCAGGAAGUAGGAUACACUGAUGAAGAUGUCUUCAUUAAACGAAUAGUAGCUAAGGAAGGUGAUACUGUUGAGGUUCAUAAUGGAAAACUUUUCGUUAAUGGGAUUGGACGAAAUGAAGAGUUCAUCAAUGAAGCUCCUUCUUAUGAAAUGGCACCAAUUAAAGUACCCGAGAAUUCCGUCUUUGUGAUGGGUGACAAUCGUAAUAAUAGCUAUGAUUCCCACGUUUGGGGUCCCCUCCCUGCCAAGAAUAUCAUAGGAAGAUCAGUAUUUCGAUAUUGGCCCCCAAAGAGGAUAGGUGGCACAGUACUUGAGCGUGGCUGUGCCGUUGACAAGCAGGAGGAGAGUGUCAAAGCACCUGAAUAGAUGUAUCCAGGCUUACUGAUUUUAUGAAAAGCUUUAUUUUCUCUGUUGACGCCAUAUUCCGUGAUAAUAUCUCUGUUAUCUUUGCUUACUCAAUGUGAACUUCUAAUUCUUUUUUUGUAUUUCCCAAAAUUUCUGCAAUACAAUCAUUUUUUGAGUAGAAA